AUGCCGACAAAAACUGCUGCUGUCUUCGCGCUCGACAUGAGCAUCCCAGCGGCGACGCUGCCGCUGGCGGUGGAGUUCUGCCAGCGGUCCGCUGAGGACACGAUGCUGUUCGCCCCCCGUGACGAGAUGGGGCUGCUGCUUGCCGGCACCAGCGACACCCUCAACCCCCUGUACUGCAGCAGCAGCACUGGGGUGCGCUACGGACACAUCUCUGUGCCAUGCGCCAUCGCUGCGCCGACGGUGGAAUUCUUGGAGGCGUUGAGUCGUGUCACGGCUCCAGCCGACGAGCGCUACGGCGUUGACUUUCUUGAGACGCUCGAGGUGGGCGUCCACAUGCUCCGCGAGCGGACAGGCACCAGCUGUUGCUACCGGCGCCUUGUGUAUCUGCUUACCGACGCCCGCACAGACGUGGCGCGGAAAAGCAACAUCUACGCACUGUUGGAGGACAUGCAGCGGUGUGACGUGUCGCUUGUUGUGUUGGGUGUUGACUUCAGCGACGAUGAUGAUGCGUCGACGAGCCUUUCAGUCAAGAUGGAUAACGAGCAGGUGCUGCGCGGCAUCUGCGCCUCACUAGGAGCAGAAAGCGCUGUGAUAUCGCUUCAGCAGGCGCUGCGGGACGUCAGGGCGCUCUGGUGGCGGCACAACGUUCCGCCGCGGCCGCUGCUGCGCGUUGUGCUCGCGGUUGGCGAAGUGCGUGUGGCGGUGCAGCUCUUCAACAUGACGCUGGAGGAGCGGCUGCCGGUGCUGAAAAGAGCCACAGUGGAUGGGCGGGAGGUGGAUGUGAGGGUGACAUGCGCUCCGCAGCUGCUGUCACAAGGACUCGUGCGCGGCUGCUGCUACGGCCACGGCUUCGUCCCUUGUACGGAGGCAGACGCGCAGUCGAUGCGUAUAAACGAGCCGUGCGCCCUUGACGUCAUUGUGUUCGUACCGUUAAAGCAGGUGCCAGUCUACGUGCUGAUGGGCGGCACCAAGGUGGUUGUGCCACUCGCCGAUGACGUAAAGGGGGUGCGAGCGUUCCGCAGCAUCGUGCAGGCAAUGGUGGCGCAGGGCAUGGCGAUGNUCGUGCGUUUUGUGCGUAUGCGUGGCGUCAAUCCUGUUAUCGCCAUCUGCGUCCCGUCGACGAGCGAGGAGUGCGAUGUGCUUUACUUUUCCCCACUGCCCUUUGAGGAGGAUGUGCGACACUUCCAACUGCCGGGGCACCACAAACUAAGCUGCGGCGCCAAGGAGAAGAAGAAGAAGGAGGAAGAGGAAGAAGAGAGCAUACUUGUUGCAUCACUUGUGGAGGAUAUGACGGUUGAAGAGGACGUACUUCUGCCGUGCCACACAUUCAAUCCCGUCAUCCAGCAGUUCUACGCGACGGUGCGCGCGAAGCUGCGGCGCAGUGUCGGUUGCAAAAACAGCAACAUCGAGGGUGGGAAAGAAGUCCAUGAGACGGAAGGAAUAAGUGAGGAAAAGGGACAC